CUGUCUCCAGAUGAUCAACACGUCUUUCGCCCAAGAACUUUCUUAUUGCAUCAGGUAACUUACAGAGAUGGCAAGUACGGCCCCUACCCUUUUAAUGCCCAAUCAGCUGACAACGUCUUUGCCCCACAGCUUCAAAAAUUCCGAACGUCUUUUCAUGUCAAGCCACCAGCAUUGGACCCAGAUCCAUUCGGUCUCACAUUGAUACAUGAUGCGACAAACUCUGUGGGCGAUAUCAUCUUCGUCCAUGGCCUUGGCGGUUCUUCCCGUCGGACAUGGUCGUGGAAUCGCGAUCCCGCUAUCUUUUGGCCGUCCUGGCUCCGCCAUGAAGAGUCCUUAUCUCAUUACCGAGUAUUCUCAUUCGGUUACAAUGCAAAUUUCCGCGAGUCGGGGACUCCUCUAAGCAUCCUGGACUUUUCCAAAAGCCUUCUAGUCAGGAUGAGAGCAUAUGGACAAAUGGACACUGCUUUUAUUGGAACUAAACCAAUAGUAUUUGUAGCACAUUCUAUGGGGGGACUGGUUGUCAAAAAGGCACUCCUUCUUGGCAAAAAUGAUGAAGAAUAUUGUGAUAUGGUGGCCCGAGUUCAUGGUAUUAUGUUCUUGUCCACUCCUCACAGGGGUUCCUCGCACGCGGCUACCCUCAACAGCAUGCUUUCAGUUAUCGGAUCGUCUUCUAAGGUUUAUGUUGCCGAGUUGAAUCCAUCUUCGACAUCCAUCGAAGAUAUCAACGAACAGUUUCGUGUAAUCUGUGCACCUUGGCAACUUGUUUCCCUGUAUGAAACACAACAGACCAGGCUCUCUCCAGGGUUAAGGAGAAUGAUUGUCGACAAAGGCUCGGGUAUUUUGGGUUACCCAAAAGAGGUUUCUGCUCCGCUUGAUGCAGAUCAUCAUACAAUUUGCAAAUACCGAAGCCGCCUUGACUCCAAUUAUCUUUUGGUGGUAGAUUUGUUAAGGCAACUGACUCGAGGAAUCGGAAGCCACCAUUCGACAAUAGCUCCCAAUGUCCUUCACAAACAGGGCACCUCUCACGUUGAAAUGCUCGAGUCAAUACUAGGGGUUAAAGGGAAUAUUCGACGGGUGCUUGACUAUCACCUGGCUGACGCCCUUCCAGGCUCAUGUGAGUGGCUUCGAAGGGAUGCACGAUUUGCAGAAUGGAUUGAUACAUCGGGCCAAUCACCGCACGUCCUGUGGCUGGUAGGGUUACCAGGAACAGGAAAGUCGACACUUGCCGCGAAGACCAUCGACCAUAUCCAGCAAACUCUUCAUGAAUCGAACUGCCAGUACCAUUUCUUUUCAGAGAGUGACCCGCUGAAACGGGACUUGUCCUUGUGUCUUCGAGCGAUUGCCCUGCAGUUGGCCAUUGCCCAUCCACCUCUUGCUGGACGACUCAUUAAGUUCCACCGAGACACGAAUUUCUCAGCUGCAGAGCAAACCUUUGCUCGUAUCUGGGAUACUAUUUUCGAGAACAUCAUCUUUCCAAUCGACUUCGGGCACUCGCUGCACUGGGUUUUCGAUGGUCUGGAUGAGGCGAACCAGCCACAUUUUCUUGUACGGCGUUUGAUGCUCAUGCAGUGCCGAACAACCAUCAAAAUACUGUUUAUCAGCAGACCACAAAGAAAUCUGACGGCAAUUUUGACCACCAAAAUUGGAGCUGGGAGCCUAAUAGAAGUGUCUGCUGAACAGACACGGGGCGACAUCGAGCAUUACAUCUUGACGAUAGCGAGGGAACUCUUUACUUCGGACCAGCUCUCUCAACAAGAGGUGAUUAAAAAAAUACUUGAAGGGGCGGAAGGAUCUUUCCUCUGGACAAAGUUGGCACUCGACACCUUGCGGGACAACUGGCAUACGCUGGCUGAUAUCGAUAUUGCCUUGGGGGAUGUACCAAAUGGAAUGCACGGGACAUACGAACGAAUGAUGGAGAAGGUCGAAAGUCAAUCGGCGCGGCCACGAGAACUGGCUCUGCGGAUUCUGACCUGGGUCUGCUGUUCCUACAAACCUUUAACCAUAUCCCAGCUUUCUGUGGCCUUGAAACCCGAGUUCGAUGGCUUUCUCAAGCUCGAGGAAUCAAUUGAGCAGGUUUGCGACCAGUUCGUCCGUGUGAACGAAGGCCGAGUGUCACUCAUUCACGCCACUGCGCGCGAGUUUCUCCUCCAUGCAUCACCCCAAGGCUCGGCUGCAGCCAUUGAUCAACAGAGUGGCCAUGGACGUCUUGCCAUUUGGUGCCUACGUUUCCUAUCUCAGGAUGAGUGGCGACACAGGUUCUCGGCGUGCCAACAAGAACAUAUCUCCGCAGAUCGACUCGAAGCACUGUAUCCCGAAUUCCCUCUCUUACGGUACGCCAUCAGCCACUGGGCCUAUCACGUCAGCAAUGCAAGGACCAGUUACUCCGAUUUGAUACCAGCUCUGGAAGCCUUCUGCAACAAAUACAUUCUGCACUGGGUCCACGGCCUGGCUCUUUCUCGCAGGUUGGACCUUGUGGUUACCGCAGUCCGUCAUCUUAGCACAUGGGCCGGUCGAAGACGACUGGAGCCACAGGUGGACGUAGAAGGCUUGUGUGUCACGGGUAUUGAGCAGUCCACCACCGAAAGCUCUAUUCUGCAGGGUUGGAUGACCGAUCUGAUACACAUCGUUGCAAAGUUUGGAUCGAAUCUCCUCCGAAGCCCAUCGUCCAUAUACAAGAACGUCCCAUCACUAUGCCCCAAGGGAUCUGUCACGUCGCAUACUUAUGGCCAAGGAGCCAGCUCACUUCUGUCUGUGAAAGGCCUAACAGCCACAGGAUGGGACGAUAGGCUCGCGCACAUCACCAUUGGAGAAGACGAGAUUCUAUCCGCUGUUCGGUGUGCUGGGCGUUACUUCAUUGCGCUCAACUCUUACAACGGGGUUGUUUAUGUCUGGGACAAGGACACCUUCCAAGAGAUUAGGGGACUGCAGCAUGGCGAAUGGGUCAUGCUGCUGUCAACUGACAACAGUGGACGGCUGGUUGCCACGGCGGGACGGCACACAUUUUACGUCUGGGAACUAGCCACCGGCAAGCUUCUCUACAAGGUCCCCAAGACCAAUCCUUCGCGGACCGUGAGCCUGGCCUUCGCGCAGGCUGAUACCAAGCUUCUGAUCGGCUAUGAUGACUGCACCUUGUCCUUGUACGACUUCGAAACUGCAAAGGAGGGGUUAUCUUUCACCGUGGCCUUCAGCGAAGUGCCACAGCUGAGUUGCCCUAGGCUGAUGGUUCUCAGCCCAAACCAAAGGAAGAUAGCAAUCGCAUUUCCUGGUCAACCUGUGGCUUUGUGGGAUAUUUCACAGACACAGGAAGGAAACGCAAGGCCGCGGCUUUGUGUGCGCAGAACUGACAAAGAUGUAGAGGUGAACGGGGGAGGGAUGUUCAACUCAGCUGAGAGGAUAAUAUGGUCCCCUGACGGCUUCAUCGUCUACAUCCUCUACCAAGACACCACGGUACUUGUGUGGGAUCUCGCAGAAGACGACCAGAUUGAGCGCAACAACACCGGGGCGAAGGAAAUGGCCAUCAAUAGCCAGGGCACCUUGCUCGUCACCAGCAAUAAUGAUGGAGCAAUCCAUCUCUGGAGUCUUCCCUCUAUGCAGUGGCUUUAUGAGCUGAGGACGGACGAGUUCGUUCGUGAUAUUCGUUUCAGUCCUGACGGCCAGCGCAUCUACGAUGUUCGGGGGUCAGGAUGUAAUGUGUGGGCACCGGAUGUUCUCAUCUCACCAGAUGUGAUUGGUCAUGAAACGCGUUGCAUCUUGGAUUCCUCACCUUCCGUCGACAGUACGAGGCAACAACAGCAACAGGAUGCACACAUUGCAGCUCUGGUAUGUGACGAGCACGAGGAGUUUUUCUGUGUUGGCCGCGAUGACGGGUCGAUCAACAUCCAUGACCUGAAAAACGGCGCAGUGGUCAGGAAGGCAUACAAGCACGAGAACACUUCUGAGGUUGUCGCGAUUGAAUGGUCGCGCUCCCGGCGAUACAUUGCCUCAGCUGAUGACUCUAGCAAGGUCGUGGUGAAGAGGCUCAGGGUCAAGGAGGAUGGGAAAUGGGCCGUGUUUCCGGUUUUUGACUUGCGGGUAGGGGAUGUGGUGACACAGAUGCUGUUCAACCGGGAUGAAACUCUGUUGUUGAUAAGUACAGAUUCGUCAGUCCGUGUAUGGGAUGUGAAGGCAAAGGCUGAGACGUGUAGGAGGCGAUGGGAGUCCGUGGCCGGCCAUAGGUGGUUGAACUAUCCUGAUACUUCGGCUCGUCUUAUUCGGUUGACUGCAGAGGGAGUUUGCGUCCAUGCUUGGGCUGACUUGACAAAUGAGAAGGAGCUGGAAUAUGAGAUGCCGGCUGUCAAGGACCGCAAUGAUGACGAGAAAAAAGGCGAUACUCCCGAUACACCGACCUCACAAACCCCAUCCCAUUCGACACUACAAACAACACCACCCCAGGUCCCACUAGAAAUAAUUACAGCAGUUUGGCAGCCCACCAACGCUCAGUACAUUCUUUACCAAACUCGAUCCUCCCACCCCACGAGAGACAGAGGCAAUGCCUUCUACCUCCUCCAUAUAAACAAUGAGUUUUUCUCACGAACGAAACUGUCACCCCUCCUCAGCAGUCGAGUCCGUCACAUUCUUGGAUUUGUCCAGGACCAACUGGCGUUCAUUGACUGUGACAGUUGGAUCUGCACGGUAGCGGUUCUUCAUCACCAUCAGCUCGCAGUAGGGGAGGCAGUGAAGCAGCAUUUCUUUCUCCCUAGCGAUUGGGUUCACUCUUCUCUUACGCUGCAGGUCAUAAGUCGACGAGGGGUAUUGCUGGUGGCGAGGAAUGGCGAGGUGGCGAUUGUGAGGUAUAUGAAAGGGUUUUGA